AUGAAACCCAAGGGAUUGAUUGUUGAGACACUUGAUAAAUGGGGUGUGAAGUUGUCUACAUACCAAGCAUAUAGAACCAAAGGAAGAGCCAUAGAAAUGAUUCAAGGUGCUCGAAGGGAGCAAUAUGCACACUUGAGAGAAUAUGCUGACGAACUUAGGAGAUCAAAUCCAAAUUCUAUAUUUAUUAUUAAGCCUUUAAUUUGGUUGGAUGCUUGUUUCUUGAAAAGAGAAUAUGACGGUCAGUUAAUAGCUGUAGUAGGUAAACAUAGGAAUAAUCAAAUGAUUCCCAUUGCAUAUGCAAUUGUUGAAGCGGAUUGGUACAUGUCAUUGCCAACAUUGGGGCCCAUGUGGAACACCUAUUAUGUGUUAAACACUUUUAUGGAAAUUGGAAAAACAAAAUAUCCUGGAGGACAUAUGAAAGAACUUCUUUGGUUGGCAUCAACGGCUACGGUCGUCCGAUAUUGGGAGAAAGCAAUGCGAAAAAUUAAGGCAAUCAAUGAAGAUGCUUGGAAAGACAUGAUGCAACUCCCACCAUCUAUGUGGACUCGGUCUGCAUUUCGCAUUGAUACGCAAUGUUUAACUGCAUAUUGGAAAACAAACUUCUUGACAUGUUACUCUUACAUUGUAAUGCCAUCAAAUGGACCAAAACUCUGGCAAGCAUCAAAUGUGGAGCAUAUAAAUUCCCCAAUCAUGAGGAGAUCACCGGGUAGACCAAAGAAAAAAAGGAACAAGUCCAAUGACAAGCCAAAAGGUUCUAAAAUACUACCAAGACAGUUUGUAGCUGUGAAAUGUAAAAACUGUAGGAAGCUCGACCACAACACGAGGACUUGCAAAGGUAAAAAUGCUGCUGAUAGAGAGAUACCAAAAGGUGGAAAUAACGUCAACAAAACAAAGAAAGCAAAGACAACAAGGGUUUGA